AGGGAAGGAAAGAAGGAGAGACACAUCAAUGUAUGGUUGCCUAUAGUGUGUCCCCUGCUGGGAACUGGCCUGCAACCCAAGCAUGUGCCCUGACUGGGAAUCGAACCAUGGUUGCUUGGUUCCCAGGCCCGCGCUCAAUCCACUGAGCUACGCCAGCCAGGGCUAUUUCUGCUUUUCUUAAUUUUCUCUGAAAACUUCUUCAACCCCAGUUGUUUCUCUUCCCUUUUUUCUCUUACUUCUUUAUCACCAAAACCCUAAUAUGUUUGUUUUCUGGUGGGGUCUGGGGCAAUUUUGGAUGGAGGGGCCCGUGGGAAUGCAAUGAAUGUGUCCAUUCUGAUGACCAACCAUCUUUCUUCCCUUGGACAGAGGUAAGAGGUUCAUGUUUCUCCCUCACUUUCCACAUGUAAUCCGGUCAAUCUAAUGGAAGUACAGCGCUCGAGGCUAGAGCUGGCAUGGGAGCCAACCAGAGAAGGCCCCAAAUGCCAGAGCAAGAGCCUGGGUUGAACUGAGGACAGUCGGGGAACGAACCUUCAGCACGUUGUAGAACCUGUCCCUUGUGCUCUUCCACACUGCCACAGCCCUGGUUUGGUCCUCCUUCGAGUCUUACAGGAAGUUCUUCAUUUCUCCUUAUAGGUCUCAGAGUUUUGCCCCUUUAUAUUACAGCUGAACACAGAUUUUUCUAAAGUUUUUAGUAGUCAAAUCUGACCACUAGUCUGAUUAGAGUCUUUAUUGUUUUCCAGCUGUCCUCAAUUCAAUCCAAGCUCCUACUCCUAGUGUUCGAGGUUCUCCCUGGUUGGCUGUAUGACCCCUCUAGUUUCAUCCAGUUUUCCAAACACCUUAAGUACAGGCAGGUCCCCACUCUGUCCCUCUCUCAGCCUUUGCUCAGGCUGCGCUCUCUGCUGGGGAUACUUUUCUCUCAACCACCUGACAAAUGCCCACAUAUCUUUCAGAACUCAACUUGGUCAUCACCUCUCUCAGGAACCUUUUGACCCCCUCUCUCCAAUGACUGCUCCCUUUUUUAUGCACUUCUGUUCUCCCAAUAGACUUUCACUGGCAGACUCCUCUGCAUCCAUUCCAUCUUCUUCCCACCGAGACUGGGCACUGGUUGUGGCUGAGUUUCUGUCACUGGUAGGCUGUACUUUGCUGGACCCACCAUAAAGCCCAGUAAAUGUUAAAGGAAUGAAAGUACUGUUGGGAUCCUCAUACUCUAUAGGCAAACCUGGUGCACUGGAGUUGGAUGAAUUUUCAUUAAACUACUAACACUCCAAGAGCUGUCUGCUUGUGGGAAAGGCAUUAGAAUUAUGAGCCUCCAUUUCCUCAGGUCUACCUACCCAUGGGAUUCUGUUAAGUAACAUAUGAGGUUUCUGGUACAAUGCCUGGCUUACUGUAAGGGUUCAAAUAUACAUCACUCAUACAGCCAAGAAGUAGAGGAGGAAAAGGUAUUUGUCUGUUUAGUGAACAGAGGAUUAGAAGCAUGGAUUUAAGGGGUCAGGAGCAAAAAACUCUUAAGACACCAGUGUGCUUGGGCUUUUGUGCUGCCCACCUACUCUGCCCAGAGCAGAGUCAAGCUAAGUAGAUAGGAUUAGGGGUGGCAGAUCACGGGCCUGCAAAAGCCAGUCCCUCCCCUGGCUAUUGGAAUGGACCCGCCCACAGUGACAUCACAAUCCCAAGUGGUUCCCAAGGCACUGUUGGAGGUGGACCCUCAUAUCUCUCCACGGAGCUCUAGGAUGUGGAUGUGAGAAAGGUGAGCAAGGAAGGCAGAUGACAACGAGAAACAGCUCAAGCCCCACACUUGUGGGCACAGGUCAAGGUGACCCUGGAGAGGCAGAAACACUGUCAGCUCUUGAUGCUGGUACUUGGGACAUAGAUGCAGCCACUCAGUUGAAGAUGAAGCCCAAGAAUGUACGCAAGAUCAAGGCACUCAUCAUUGACCUGGGCUCACAGUACUGCAAGUGUGGCUAUGCAGGAGAGCCGAGGCCCACCUACUUCAUUUCCUCCACGGUGGGCAAGCGCCACUCCGAGGCAGCUGAUGUGGGCGACACCCACAAAGAGAUCUAUGUGGGCCAUGAGCUGCUCAACAUGGAGGAACCUGUGAAGCUGGUUAACCCUCUGAAAUAUGGUGUUGUGAUGGACUGGGACUGUGUCCAGAACAUCUGGGAGUACAUCUUCCACACGGUCAUGAAGAUCCGCCCUGAAGAGUAUGCUGUGCUGGUGUCUGACCCCCCACUCAGCCCCAGCAGUAACCGGGAGAAGUAUGCAGAGCUCAUGUUUGAGACCUUUGGCUUCCCUGCCAUGCAUGUGACAUCUCAGUCACUGCUGUCCAUCUACUCCUAUGGAAAGACCACAGGGCUGGUGGUGGAGAGCGGGCAUGGUGUCUCUCAUGUGGUCCCCAUCUCAGAGGGCAACGUGCUGCCAGGCCUGACGGUCCGUGCUGAUUAUGCUGGGAGGGACCUUACCAACUACCUGCGGCAGCUGCUCAACAAGGCUGGCCACGAGCUCACUGACAACCACCUGCACAUUGUCGAGCAUGUCAAGAAGACCUGCUGCUACUCGGCUCUCCUGCCCGAGGAGGAGCUUGGCCUGCCCCUGGAGGAGCUGCGUGUAGACUACGAGCUCCCUGAUGGCAAGCUCAUCACCAUUGGCCAUGAGCGCUUCCAGUGCGCCGAGAUGCUCUUCAAACCCAGCCUGGUGGGCAGCACCCAGCCCGGCCUCCCUGUGCUCACAGCCACUUGCCUGGGCCACUGCCAGGAGGCAGGCUUCAAAGAGGAGAUGGCCGCCAACGUGCUGCUGUGUGGCGGCUGCACCAUGCUGGAUGGCUUUCCCGAGCGCUUUCAGAGGGAGUUGAGCCGCCUCUGCCCCCGGGACAGCCUCACAGUAUCUGCUGCACCCGAGAGGAAGACUUCUGUGUGGACUGGUGGCUCCAUCUUGGCAUCCCUGCAGACCUUCCAGGAGUUCUGGGUCAGCAAGGAAGAAUUUGAGGAGCAGGGCAGUGCAGCCAUCCACAUCAAGUGCUGAGCAGUGGUACCCAGGCCAGGACUUGUGGGCAGGUGACCUCUGGUCACGCUAUAUAUUUUAUAGAAUUUCACAUAAAAUUUUAAUACAACGGCUCUCGUCCAGUCUGAAUUUCUUUCUUUAGUCUGAUAGAAAAAAGUGGUGGGGAGUUGAUUUUAGAGGUAUUAGCACCUUUUGCUCUGUUGGGGCAGAAGCAGCAGGGAUAGGAGGCCACUAGGAGGGGCUCCCCUCACUGGCUCCUCCCCAAAUGAGGGUGACAUCUCAGAGCUCAGAGUGUGGCUUCCCAUUGGGUCAUCAUGGGGCAACACUCAACCAGGAGUCUGACUUCCAUCUCCCGUUUCUGCCCAUAGCGUCAUCAGUGCGCGAUUGCCCCAGGCUCCCUCACUCACCUCCCCUGGUUUCUGCUCCCUUCAAAGGUACAGCCCACAGGUGUGCGUCUCCUGAGUAGGACGGGCCUUUCCUGCUCAUCUGCCUUUCACCUUCAGCCAAAAUUGCAGCUUUUUUUGCAGUAACACAAAGUAGAGCCACUGAAUCCAGAGGAUAUGGAAGGAACCAGAGGGUCCUUUGGAAGCCAUGUGGUUUUCUUCCUGUAGAGGUGGGGAACUGAGGACCAGGAUGGAGGGGGCCAUGCUGGUUAGUAGAUGAGUCCAGGUGGUCUGACCCAGGUCAUGAUCAAUUCCAGAAGGGCAAACAUGGGUGGUUGACUUUGGGCUGCUAUAACAGAAUACCACAGACCAGGUGGCUUAUCAAAAAUAGAAAUUUACUUCUUACAGUUCUUGAGAUCAGAAGUCCCAAAUUAGGGUCCCAGCAUGGCCAGGUUUUAGUGAAGGCCCUCUUCUGGGUUGCAGACUGCCGACAUCUUGCUGUGUUCUCACAUGGUGGAAGGGAUCUUUUAACUAACUUGAAGAAUCAAUUGAC